CAGAAAGUAGGAUUUAAGUGGUUGCAAGUAGUAACAAACAGAACAAAGUGAAUUACCAAGUAAAAUAAAAUAGAACUUGCAAGUCUAUGUCUAAGAAACUUAAUACAAAUAACACCUCACCAGUUCCAGUAAGCUUCCUUUUACAGACUAGUCUCCUGCUAGUCUGGGUCCAGCAAUCACUCACACCCCCUGUAGUUAUUGUCCUUUGUUCCAGUUUCUUUCAGGUAUCUUUGGGGGUGGAGAGGCUCUCUCUUUAGCCAGCUGAAGACCAAAUAGAGGGGUCUCCUGGGGGUUGAAAUAGACUUUCUCUUGAGGGUGGAGACCCCCUCCUCACUCCUAUGCAAAGUCUAGCUCCAAGAUGGAGUUUUGGAGUCAUAUGGGCAAGUCACAUGUCCAUGCAUGACUCAGAACUACAGGUAGGAGCCAUGGUUCACAUGCUACCUUGAACGUCCUCAAGUAGACUUCUUAUGUGGAUUGGAGCCUUCCAAGAUCUAUUGUUCUUUAAGUGCUUCUUGAUUGGGCACUUAACUUUGCAAAUUCCUUUCUAAAGAAGCUGUCCAAAUGCCUUACAAAUCUUACUUAGAAAUCAAGCAAGUAUACAGCCAAUAUUCAUAACUUCAAGUACAAAAAUGAUAUAUGUGUACAAAUAGGAUGAAUAGAUUCAGUAGACCAUGACCUUUACAGAGAUAAGUUACAUGGCACAUGUAGCAUAAAACAUACUCCAGUUAUGUCAUAUUCCCAUAAAGCAUUAUUGGAUACAUCAUCACAAUAUAAACCCUCCUGCUUCAGGAUGUAAUCCAGCCAUGAACUGAGGGUUAAAAGGAAAAAGCCCUAUGGGUGGGUUAUUCUGUAAUUGUCCAUUACAAGGUUUCUUGCAUCUUCCUCUGACCCAUCUGGUACUGGCCAUGGUCAGAGACAAGGUACUGGCUAGUUGGAGCACUGUUCUGAUCUGCUAUGUAAGUUCUUAUACUCCUAACUGCCAGGUCAAUGGCUCAUGCUCUGCUCAUCUAAUCCUCCCUACCCCACUCCUUUCAUUUUCUUCUAAAAAAAAAAAAAGCUCCUAGAAAUAAAAUGCAAACCAUUGUUUUAACUCCUUAGUUCUAAUGUACAUUGAUAACUGGAGGCAACAUUAAAGAGUGUCACUGCUUCUGGAUCACUGAAACUUUUGGGUAGCACUGCCAGCUCUGCAGCUCCUCCGAGCCUGAUGCUGAGUGGUACCUGGGUCUGUGUGUGUCAGACCCUUCUUACCCAAGCACUAGUCCUGCUUGAAUGUGUGUAUGCCUAGGUGCCCAGGGCUGACAGUCAUCUUACUCAGGAACCAGCUGUGCCCGGCUGUGGGUGCAUUCAGAUGCCCAAUGGUGGCAGAACCAGGCACCAUCUGUGCCCAGCCUCAGAUAUAUUUAUAUGCUACUAAUGACUGUACUGAGGAGCUGGCUAUUCAAACUGAGUUGAGUGUAAUGUCUGAUACCUGUAUGUUUCAGGUAGAGGCAAAGUCCCCUACACUAUGUGGAUGAUAAUGCAAACACAUGUAAAACCCUCAGAGAGUCACUUUCUGAACAUUAGUAUUCAUGUAUCCAGACCCUGGGAAGGAUGGAGUAGUGAGGCCAUCACAGAGAGAUUAGGCACUUGUCUAUUCUCCAGUUGUCACAGCCCCAGAUGUGGGAAAGUCUUGUGAGAUGUAGAGAUGCACUGAAUGCUGGAUGUAUUCAACAGCACAAGUGAGCACUGAAACACAAAGAUGCGGGGCUCAAGAGGAGCAGUCAGAUUUCUCCUUUCAGAGUGAUUCAGAAGGGGUUUUCUGCAAUGCGAAUAAAGCCAGGACAGUCUGAGCUGAAGCGUAUCCAUAAGUUCCACCUUCUUACAUCACCCACCUCAAGCUGAGGAACUUCUAGGAUACAGCCUUGAGCUCCCUUUCCUGAGCUAAGGGGCACCUCAGAGAACCUCUACCAAGGCUGAUGCUUGGUUGAAACAGAGUCUGGAUCUGAAAUCUAUCUGGGUAUUUAUACUAUGCUCAUCACAACUGUAUCUGAGUGCCUUGCAGAAUUCCAUGGGUCUGCCAAGUAGUCUAAUCAAUGCUGUUUUGUUGUUCUGUCCGUCUACCUAUCUUCUGUCUCUCUUUAGGCAUUUACGUUGCACACAUUGUCUAGGAUUCUCUUGUUCUGGAUUGUGGGGAAGGGUGUAUAAGACAUUUAAUAUUAUUUAUUGGCAAGUCUGGCAAGGAAGGCAGCAGUGAGAUUUGCGAUCAUUUUAACCUCUCAUGGAAGGAUAAUCCAAAGCUACAGGCUGUCUGCUUAGAAAGUUCUGCCUCCUGUAGCUGACAGUUCCACUGCUCCUGGGGACACAACUACUGUGGCUGCAGAGAGAACCUGGGCCCAAACCAUGAAUGAUCAUAUAUUGAAUGGGGAGCCCUUGUAUACUGUCCCGAGCACCAGGAAGGUGUGCUUGUGCUUCCUGCAUUGUAUAACGGGUAAGCUGACAUGUUUUUAACUGGCUGGAGGCUUUUCAGCACUGGUGGGUGAAGUGGGUUACCAUUGAGCAGGGAGGUCACAGGGAAUCGAUCACAGGGAAUCAGUGAGGAAGAACUGUUCCCACACAAAUGGAGAGCUGACACAGUAGAGUUCAUUGGGUAACAUUUCUUGCUUUUUUCUCAGCUCCAGCUCUCAGAAACAGCUGGCACAUCAGCAGUCCCCAAGUCCUAGGGUGUUCCUGUAUAACAAGUACCAUCAUCAAAACAACUGCUGAGUGGCAACUGUUGAGGGUCAGCUCUUCAUCUUCAAGAGUGGAAAAAACGAUGAAUGGAAGCUGUGUCUCUGAGCAGGAUGGGGAUAGCUCAAGUUCAGGACACUCAGGUGGGCAGAAAGAAGAGCCCUGUCUCCAAAGAGACUCGUUGUUCUCUUCCCCCAGUGUGUCCAUCAUAUCACAACUCCUCAGCCAGACAAUUGCUAACAGGGGACUGGAUCCAAACUUUCUUUUCCCUUCCUCGCAGACAACAGAAUCACCCCAGGAAGCCAGGGACUGCCCAUCUUUUAAGGAAGGGACACCAACCCUGGCCUCCCCUAUGUGCUACACUCCAAUCUCCAGUUUUGGUGACACAGACCAGUUCUAUAAUGAACACUUACGAGCUAAGAGGGCCAGAGUGGAAAGCAUUAUCCGAGGUAUGAGCCUCUCACCAAACCCUACCACACUUGGUACCAAUGAGGAAAGAGACAGAGAAUGCCCUGUGGAGAAAAGAAGUGAGAACUACAGGGAGAACAAGAGAAAGCAGAAGCUUCCCCAGCAGCAAAGCCCACAUGUAGCACAGCUUGCAGGAAGAGGCAGGAGCAGCGCCAAGGCAGAGGAGUGCCACCAACUGAAGGAACAGCUUCAAGUUUUGCAGCAGCAGCUGAGGCAGCUUCAAGAGAAAUUCUUGCAGGUUUAUGAGUUCAGUGAUUCAGAUCAAAGCCACAAAGGGAUGGAGAAGACUAUGCAAUUACUGAAGGGGAAGUGUGGAGACAGUCUAGAUGAAAGCUGUCAGGCUGCUACCAGUGACCAACACAGAACUCUUCUCUGGAGGAGCAUCUCAGGGAUGGAAGGCCACAAAGUGUCAGAAGAAGAAAGGAGAAUGGGGGAUCUGGGUGAACUGUCCUCUGAAAAAAGAACAUUUUCUGAGACAUUAAAGCAUGAGCUAGCCACAGUGGUAUCUCAGGCUGUGGACACGGUUUUGAAAAAAAUAUUGUCCAAGCCAUCAGGCCAUCUGGCUCAGCUGUACAACAGCCUCCUAAUCUCAGCACCAGACAGCAGAAGAGAGGAUUUUGCCGCUGAGGAAUAUUCCAGCAGAAAAUGGCUUCCUGGGGCUUCCUCCCAAAAUUUGGUAAAUUCACUGACUGAAGCCCAUACAGAGGCCUUGUCGCUAGUCAUGGAUAAGUCUCCAGACUUUCAUGUUCACCCGAUCAGUUCAAGAAUGGCUAGAAAACCCUGCCAUGUACCUAACAUGAAUCACCCCUCGGUCAUGACUUCUCAAGUUCAAGAAAAACAGAUUCUUAGCCAGCUACUAGAGUACAGUCAAAAUGGCCAUUGGAACAGCAGCUCUCAUAGAAUUGCCCCAGACAGGUCUUCUGAAGAGUCCCUAGAUCUCCCUUGGAGAGCAGUCAAAUUGAAGUCAUCAGUCAUGAGACACCAGCAAUAUCCAAUGUCCCUUAACACCGCUGAAAUGGAAAGUUUGGCUCUUCUUCCAGCCAGGAAGGCAGAAUGUGGAGAGCUGCAGACUGUGAUGGAUGGAGUGCCCUUCUCCUCAGUCCAAAUCCAGGAGGCUCUGACCCCUGGCCACCUGAAGAAGGCCAAGCUGAUGUUCUUCUUCACUCGCUACCCCAGCUCCACUCUGUUGAAAACCUACUUCCCUGAUGUCCAGUUCAACCGCUGCAUCACUUCCCAGCUCAUCAAGUGGUUCAGCAACUUCCGUGAGUUUUACUACAUCCAGAUGGAGAAGUUUGCCCGACAAGCCAUCUUGGAGGAAGUCACGGAUUCCAAACACCUGAUGGUUUCUCGGGACUCUGAGCUCUUCAGGGCCCUCAACAUGCACUAUAACAAGGGGAAUGACUUUGAGGUCCCUGAUCGCUUCCUGGAGGUUGCUAGCAUGACCCUGCGGGAGUUCUUUAGUGCUGUCAGGGCAGGGAAGGACUCUGACCCCUCCUGGAAGAAACCCAUUUACAAAAUUAUUUCAAAACUGGACAGUGACAUCCCAGAUGUGUUUAAAUCUUCCCGCUGCCUCCAAGAACUACUCCAGAGUUAAAUCUGCAUGGGAAGUGGCCUAAGACUAUGUCAUGCUGCAGCUUGAUCAGAGAGAGGCUGGCCUGAGCUAUGUAGCUGUUGAACCCAGCCUACAUUGUGGGUAAUGUUACUAGUAUAAGACAGCAAUAGCACCAUUUCUUAUGACGAUAUCUAAUCUGGCCUGAAGCGUGCUCUCCCCUCUGGAGAGGUCUAUUACAUACUUGAAUUGCCAGUAUUUUAUGUCAUUCGUUAUACCAGCGGUCCCCAAACUUUUUACCUCAGGGGGCCGGCAGCUAGGUGCUGGGAGCAGAGCGCCGGGCUCGGGACUGGGACUGGAGCCCCUGGUACAGGGCCAGCAGCUGGGGCCGGGAGUGGAGCUGGGUGGCGCUCCCUCUCCGCCCUCCUCCCCCCAGCCAUGUCCCCCCGAAUGUUUGUUCAUGCCCCCCGACGGGAGUGCGCCCCACAGUUUGGGGACCUCUGUGUUACUUUGUAGCUCAAAGCAAGUGAGGCCUCAUGCCUUAGACCUAUAGGGAAGAAGGAUGGUGGUUAUGUCAUCUGGCUGGAAGAUCUACGUUCUAUUCCUAGCGCUGCCCUAACACGCUGUGUGAGCUUGGGCAAGUCACCUUCCCUCUCUGUGCUUUGGUGUCCCCGUCUGUAAAACAGGGCUAAUAUCAUUCCUGUUUAUAAAUCACAGAGGUCCCUGAUGGAGGGUCUUAAUAAAGUGCAACGAAUUCUUGGCCAAGUGAAGCGAGGUCCUACACUCAACAGCAUUUCUGUUUUACCAUCUGUUUGGAGGUAAUACGAUAAAUUCUGAAUACUGCAAUGAACAGUUCCAAAAUUUCAGGCCCCAGGACUAGCAUCAAAUAUCAACAGGACUAUCAACACGCCCAUGUGAUAGAUGCAAAACACUUAUUCCUACAAUGGAGCUCGUAAUGGAACGGAUGGAGGAAGUGGGUAGCAUCAGAGAAUACAGGUCCCUUUCCUGGCUCCCCAGCUGCCUCCUGUAAGAGCGCCUCUUAGCCUUUGCAUGCUGGAUCCAAACAUUUGAGUGGACUUUUUAGUGUGCAUUUGUGAAAUAGUAUAUCAGAAGAGAUGUCUAGCCAAUGACUCUCUCCUUUGCUGUCGCAGGAGAAAGGGGGGGGGGUGGAGAAGGGAGGUUUGAGCAGCUGACCAGAGCAGAGCCCCACGAUCAGCUGCCGUUAAUGCAAUUGAUAUUAUUCUUUAGUGCCAUCCUUGAUCAGACACUUGCCUAGGGGUAGAAACUCACUGAACUUACGACAUUAAGCUCCAAGUUCUCUUUGCACUGACUUGUAUUUCUGUUGACAUGAAUUCCUUCACAUCCUGGUGCCACAUUUAACCUUCCUAACUGAUAAAAGAGGAGAAACCACUUGGUUCCCUCUUGUGCCAGCACUGAUGGUUAUGAUUUA